GGAUCACGUGACUAGCAGAGCUAGACGCCAGGAAGUAAAGCUUGUGAGAGGGCCCUGGCAGCAUGGAGAGAUACGACAAACCACCCUUUAAUACGGCCAACAUGCUGGCCCCGGACUUCAGACAAAAUGAUAGUUCCUUGGUCAAUACACUUAAGACUCUCCUGUUCUUCACAAUGUUAAUGAUAAUGGUGCCAAUAGGACUCUACUUUAUCUCAAAGGCUUAUAUAUUUGAAGGUGUGUAUGGCAUGACCAACAAGGACAGUUAUUUUUAUGCAGCAAUAGUAGCAGUAGUUGCAGUGCACGUGGUUUUGGCGAUGUUUGUGUAUGUGGCCUGGAAUGAAGGAUCCCGACAAUUGCAUGAAGGAAAACAAGAUUAAGUACUUUUUUACAGCAGAAGAUCAUUUACUACUCGGUUACACCUCGAGACAUGUACACCAAAAUCUGGACUUUGUAUCCAACGUGUUUUGCUGCAUAAUGUAGUUGUUUUAUUUCAUAAACUAUUGUGUUGGUUUAAAUUAA